AUGUGGGUUUAUGCUUGCGGUCAUAAAGGCAACUGUCAUUUUUGGUGGGAUAACUGGCUUGGGGAUGGACCUUUGGCUGAGUACAGUGACAACAUUUCUAGCUUAAACAAUCUCCAAGUAUCACAUUUUAUUGAAGAAGGACAAUGGAAAGAAAGUUUAGUGAGACAGCAUGCCCCUCCUCUCAUGGUCCCUAUCAUCCUUAAUACUCCAAUUCAACAUCAUGAGGAUCUACCUGAUGAAGCAGUCUGGACUCCUGCAGACAAUGGUCAUUUCUCUAUUUCAUCUGCAUGGGAAAUUAUCUGGAAAAAACAUUCUAAGGACCUGAUCAAUACUUUCAUAUGGCAUAAAAAUUUCCCUUUCAAAGUUUCUUUCUUUAUUUGGAGAGCUUUGAGAGGAAAGUUGCCUACUAAUGAGAAGUUAAUCAUCUUUGGAAUUGAGCCAGCCAACUGUUAUUGCUGUCACAGACCGGGGAGGGAUGAAAUUGACCACAUUCUUGUCUCUGGAAAUUUUGCAAAUCACAUCUGGAAGGUUCAUGCAGCAUUGAUGGGAAUUGAUCACUCUUCCAUGACUUUGAGAAGUUUGUUGAUGAACUGGAGAAGUAUUCAGCACAGCAAUGAGAUUCACAAACUUCUAAAUCAGGCCCUCCCUAUUUUCAUUUGCUGGAAUCUGUGGAAAAACAGAUGCUCUAGAAAACAUAGAGGCAAGCAAUCCAGUAUUGGCAGAGUCAAGCACCUCAUAUUCAAGGACAUGAUGCAAUUACUUACCAUUGUGUUUCCCUACCUGCAAUGGCCCAGUAAUUGGAAGGAAGUGAUCAGCAUGAUUGAAAAAUGCAGGCAUGAACUGAAAGUAAUUGCAGUUUGUUGGGAAAAACCUACAGUUGGAGUGUACAAGUUGAAUACAGAUAGUAGUACCCUUAAUAAUCCAGGUAAAAUUGGGGGAGGAGGAAUUCUAAGGGAUGAUCAAGGCAAUAUGGUCUAUGCAUAUGCUAUUCCUGUUGGUUUUGGUACCAACAACAAAGCAGAGAUACAGGCAGCUAUCCAUGGAGUAACUUGGUGCAUGCAACAUGGAUACAGGAAGAUUAUUCUAGAAGUGGAUUCUGAGCUCCUUAGCAAUGGCUCAACCACAACAGCUCACCACCUUGGCAGAUUCAAUAGCACAUGCAGGAACUCAAAAAUAUCAGCAAUCAGCUUGAGUACUUCCAAUGCAAACAUACCUUCAGGGAAGCUAAUUGCACAGCUGACCAUUUAUCUAAAUGGAGCCAUAGGCAAGAUAUCAUUCAACAUUUUUACACUCAUCAUCAAUUACCUGGGGCAUCUAAAGGAAGUUAUAUUUUGGAAAAAAUGGGUAUGCAAAAUUUCAGAAGGAAGAAACUCAGAAGAAUUAAGCAACCACCUUGAGGCUGUGUGCAACCUUUUCAACCUAGCUAUGGUUUAA